UCAAACACACGUGUUUUUAAAAUGAUAUAGGUUGUAUUUUUCUAAAUAAAUAGUGAUACUCUAUUUUUAAUAAAUCAUAUUAGGAAUUCAAAAGAAUGACGAACAUAAAGGAUGAAUAUGAAAAAAUUGCCGAGUAUGGUGCGUUCUUCACUGGGGGAGACAUACAAUUAACAAUCGAUGGAGUGAAUCUUCUUUGCCUAUGUGAUGAUGUUAUUAAAGUCGUAGAUGUUAAUAAUGUAUCUACAGUAAAUGUAAUCGGUCAAUCGGAUGAAAAUUUAGAAAGUGAUCAAAUAUACACAUUUCAACUUUCCCACAAUAAUGAUUUAAUUGUGAGUGCACAUAAAAGUGGUUUGAUAAAACUUUGGGAAAGGGAAACUGGAAAACUAAUGAAACUAUGGAGAUCUGGCCAUAAAGGCGCAGUUGCACGUUUGGCAUUCGAUUCUGUAGAUGAAAAUAUAGCAUCAGGGGGAUCUGAUGGUAACAUACGAUUGUGGGAUCUAGAACAUAACACAUGCACUAGUAGCUUAAGAGGAUCAGUGGGUGUAUUUUCAAUUCUGAAAUAUCAUCCUGAUUCAAAUAAAAAAUUAAUAUUUGGAGCUGCUGAUGAUACAAAAAUAAGAUCAUGGAAUUCAAAAACAGGAAAAGAAAGUAUUUUGUAUUCUGGACAUUUCAGCAAAGUAACUUCUAUACAGUUCACAUCUGAUGGUGAAUAUAUUAUAAGUUCAGGUAGAGAUAGAGUGCUUAUUCUCUGGAAAUUAAAUGAAAGCAAAGCUCUCAAAGUGAUACCAGUCUAUGAAAGCAUUGAAGUUUGCAUACUGUUACCAAGUUCAUUUAUAAUUCCUAACUUUAAGAAGAAAAUAGAAAUGGAAGGAAUUUAUGUUGCUUGUGCUGGAGAAAAAGGUGUUGUGAAAAUUUGGAAUAUAGAGAAGAAUCGUUUAAUGUAUGAGCAGAUUAACAGUUUGGCAUCACCUGCUCAAGAAGAAGGAGGGCUCUCAAUCACUCAUUUAUUAUUCAAUGAAGCUAGAAAUAUUAUCGCUAUUGUUACAGCAGACCAUAAUAUUAUAGUUCAUGAUUUAAAGUCAUUUAGUUGUCAGAAACAAAUGGUAGGCUUUACAGAUGAAGUGUUAGAUAUAAUAUUCAUUGGUAAAGAUGAAAGACAUAUUAUUGUAGCUACAAAUAGUAGAGACUUAAAAUAUUAUGAAUUAGAGACUAUGAACUGUCAGAUUGUCAAAGGGCACGCUGAUAUUGUUCUGGCAUUAGCAAAAUUUCCCACAAGGCCAGAUUUAUUUGUUUCAUCAGCUAAAGACAACAGUGUCAGGAUAUGGCAUUGUAAAGAUGAUAAUAUAAUUCUAUGUGUAGGUGUUGGUACCAGACAUACAGCAUCUGUAGGUUCAGUGUUCACUUCUCAGACAUCAAAUGAUUUUUUCACCUCUGUAAGUCAAGACAAUUGCUUAAAAGUUUGGUCAGUUCCUAAUGAAUUGGAUUGUAUUGAUCAGAAAAUAAAAUCUAGUCACACUGAGCUGGCUCAUCAGAUGGAUAUUAAUUGUGUUACUGUAUCACCAAAUGACAGCAUGAUUGCAACUGGAUCACAAGAUAAAACAGCAAAGUUGUGGACAAAAGACUUGACACUUUUGGGUGUAUUGAAAGGUCAUAGACGAGGUGUUUGGUGUGUUAGAUUUUCACCUGUUGAUCAAGUUGUACUAACCUCUUCAGCUGAUUGUUUGAUUAAGUUGUGGUCAAUAGCUGAUUUGAGCUGUUUAAAAACAUUUGAAGGACAUGAAAGUUCAGUUUUGAAGGUGGAAUUCCUUAGUAGAGGCCAGCAAAUAAUGUCUUGCGGUGCAGAUGGUCUUCUUAAACUAUGGAAUAUUAAAUCUUCAGAAUGUAAGGUGUCUGUAGAUAACCAUGAUGGAAAAAUUUGGGCUCUAGCUGUUAAUAAAAAUGAGGAACUUGUAGUAACAGGAGGUUCUGAUUCUAAAUUAGUUAAAUUAAAAGACAUCACUUUAGAGCGCAGAGAAAAGUUAGCGAAGGAAAGGGAACUAUCAAUCUUACAAGAACAAGAAUUAAUGAAUUUACUCCAUGAUAAAAAAAUGAUCAAAGCUCUUAAAUUGGCGUUAAGAAUGGAGAGGCCAUUACAUGUCUUAAAAAUAGUCAAUGAAGUAUUAAAAAAUGGAAAUGAAAAACUUUUUGAAAGUCUUAAAGAAAUCAAUGAUACACAAAAACAAACACUCUUAAAAUUUGCUGCUGAAUGGAAUACAAAUAAUAAGAACUGCCAUGCUGCUCAACUGGUAUUUAACAUUCUUUCACCAGAAAUUUUAAAUGGUAAUCUUAAAGUGUCAUCUCUUAGUAGUCUUAUUGAAGGUACGUUACCUUAUACAGAACGGCAUUUUGAUCGUUUAACAAAUUUAUUGCAGGAUCUCAAUUUUAUCACUUAUACUGUAAACUCUAUGCAACCAUAUACAGUGAAAUAAAUGUAAUUAGAAACG